AUGUUACAGGAUGAUGAUGAGGAUGGCAAUGAGCCACUGGACAUGUCUUGGCCAGACACGGGGCGUAAAAGACUCACCUACAUGCUAGUGGCUCCCAUUGAUGAUGACGAGGAUGGCAAUGAGCCACUGGACAUGUCUUGGCCAGACACGGGGCGUAAAAGACUCACCUACAUGCUGGUGGCUCCCAUUGAUGAUGACGAGGAUGGCAAUGAGCCACUGGACAUGUCUUGGCCAGACACGGGGCGUAAAAGACUCACCUACAUGCUGGUGGCUCCCAUUGAUGAUGACGAGGAUGGCAAUGAGCCACUGGACAUGUCUUGGCCAGACACGGGGCGUAAAAGACUCACCUACAUGCUGGUGGCUCCCAUUGAUGAUGACGAGGAUGGCAAUGAGCCACUGGACAUGUCUUGGCCAGACACGGGGCGUAAAAGACUCACCUACAUGCUAGUAGCUCCCAUUAUAUUCCCUCUGUGGCUCACGCUGCCAGAUACAAGGACACCUAAGGGCAAGAAAUGGUUUCCUAUCACAUUCCUCGGCAGCAUCGCUUGGAUCGCUGCCUACAGCUAUUUGAUGGUGUGGUGGGCCAAUGUAGCUGGGGACACCAUCCGUAUACCACCUGAGGUUAUGGGUCUGACGUUCCUUGCGGCCGGUACUUCCAUCCCCGACCUCAUCACCAGCGUGAUUGUCGCCAGGAAGGGGUUUGGCGACAUGGCAGUAUCGUCUUCGGUUGGCAGCAAUAUCUUUGAUGUCACAGUCGGGUUACCAGUGCCUUGGUUGCUGUAUGGAAUCAUCUACGGCAAGCCAGUGGAGGUCAACAGUGUGGGAAUGGUCUGUUCCAUUGCCAUUCUCUUCUUCAUGCUACUGUUCGUUAUCAUGUCCAUCGCUUGCUUCAACUGGAAGAUGAACAAGAGCCUCGGGUUCACCAUGUUUUUGCUCUACUUUGUGUUUGUGGCUGUCUCUCUACUGUUCGAGUACGGACAUCUCACGUGUCCGGUGUAAACGUCAUCGAACCGACCAAUCCGAACGAGUGCACGCACAAAUACAUGGGAAAUAACACAACAUUUUCGUUCAAAUUUUAUAGAGUUUUAUUUAUUUAUUUAGAAAUACAUAGAUGAUACAUUGUUUGUAAGUUCACGUUGCAAUGUUCUAUUUUCACUAGUCAAAUAAUAAUGAUUGAGUAAUUACUUUCAAGGAUACAUAAUUAGACAAAUGAAUCAUUUUUGGGUUUUCGUUACAAUUAAAGGUCUUGAAAUUUGUCAAUAUCUGAACAAACAAGAGAUUGAUUAUUUGAAAGUAUAAAUCCUAAGCUAUUCAGUUCAGCUUUUAAAUCUAACUCAUCCUUCCAGGUAUUCAAUAUCUGAGAAAUUGAAUAAACCAGAUAUAUUUUCAUGAAAAACCUGAUGCUGUUAAACCUCUUAGACAGAUUUGGCACCUCUGAAGACGUCCCUCCAAAAACAUUUGACAUUUAAAAGUAAAUUAAUAAAAAACAAAAUUUUUGCAUGAAUUGCAGCACCAAGUAAUUUUUAACAUAUAUUUUUUUAGUACCAGUACGUAGAUUUUAAAAUCCUAAUGAAGAUCAACUAAACAGAUCCGUUAACAAUUUGUCUUAAAUUUUCAGAAAAAAGAACAUUGCAAAACUAAUUUUAUAAUUGCAUUGUAGCUUGGUUUGUGUCUCGUAAACAGUACCUUUCCUAACAUUCAAGUAAAAGUUGUUAACCAUGUGGUCUAAAAUAAGAGCCUAAAUGCAUUUGUUAACAUUUUUCUAAGUUUGUUUUUAGUGUAAUUGCAUACGUUUACUAGAACUAGCUGUUUUGUAAAUUCUGUACAGUGUUAUAACGUAAGGUCUAACGCCAGAUGGUGUAACUUCACCGGGUUUUGGAUUGGCAAGGGUAAUUCUCUCGCCUGAGCAAUUAUGUCCCUUUAUUCGAUUAAGAAAACAAAAUUGUUGUCUUCACUCAACUAAAUCAAUUCCUUGUUUACUCUUUUUUAAAUGUCUAAAAAAUAUUUUUCAGAGCUUCAAACGUCUUGAUUAUUGUAAAAACUGAAUACAGCACGGUACUUUUUUUAUUUUGAAUUUCUAAGCUCAACUUGUGAUCACUAUGAAAAGAAACUUCUCUCUUAUUUCUUGCCGAUCCUAAACACUCAGACUAUGAAGAUCAAUCGCUCCUCGAUAUGAACAGUUAAUUUGUAUAAGCAUCGACAAUACCUACGUUAACAGUGUAUAAUACACCAAGUAUCUUGGGGUCUUGAGCUAAGUCAAGUGAUUUUGUAGGGUAGUGUGUUAAGUUUGACAUUGGAAAAAAGGAUUUUAUCAUUGAUUAUUGUUAAGAGUAUUGUUUUUAACUUUACUUGUUAAUGCAGUUGAACUAAGUUAACAUUAAUGUUUCAAACAAACUAAUCAUUUUCACUGGAGGUUUGCUGCUGCACAGUUAAAAUCUUCUGAAUUGUCCGUGGGAGAAAACGUCAAGAUACAAGACAAUGCAAUAUGCACUGUUUUGGCACAGAAAACAGUCUGUGAUCUUGUCGUCAUCUCUAAAAACUUUGACAAAAAUAUUCACUGUUCAGUAGCAAGUUCUCAGUUUUGUGGUAAAGCGUCCUAGAGAAAGGCACUCACUUGCAGCUCCAGACCGGUCCAGCUUCUCUGCAUCCUUGGAUCAGUAUUCGCCUACAGCAAUACUCGAGAAAGGCUACUUGUAGGCUGUGAUCUCAGAGGAUAUCGCUGCUACUGUGUACUUCCAUAUCAAUGUUGUUAAACUGUUAAUAUUGCUUUGUUUAUUUUUACAUAUAGAGUGAUCUAGUUAAGUGUAUAGCGGGACUUGUCGCCAAGGCAUAAGCAAUAAUAUUUUGUUUCGAAUCUCCGGCCGAACGUUCGCUUGAAUCCAUUUACCGGACAAUAUUCAGCGGCCGGUUUGUCAAAGUGGACGUUUUUUUAUUUGCGGAAUAGCUUAGAUCGUAGGUGUUAUAGGAUAGGUAUUUUAUACUGCGACAAUUACUAUUUGUAAGUGUUACCGAUCGAAUAUUUGUUCUGGUGGGUAGAAGACACAGUCAAGCGGGUUCAGAAUCGGGUUGGAGUAUUUUUUGUAAAAUUUAACCUUUUACCUUAUUUCUAUAAUUCUCAAAUGGUUUACAAGCAAGAGUAUAUUUUUGUGUCGUUUUAUUUCUCUCACUGUCUAAUUUAAGGUCGAUGAGAAAACACAUACAUUUUUCAUCAAAUUAUAACAUUUAAUAGGAAUUCUCCUCUUGUUUCUUUUCAAAUUACAGCAACUUAAAGCUAAUCCAACAAACACAUACCAAACUUGACUUGUAGUAAUUGAGAAUGAAAAUACUAAUUUGUCAGCCACAUGGGAUUAAAAUAGUUACCAAUAUUCUCGCCAAAUUAUUCCAUUUUUGCGAUGUAACACCCUUUGGAAAAUUAUUUCCUCAGGAAGUUUGUUUUGAAGUAUUUAAUUUUAAGUAGAUAGGAGUGGCUGUUGGUUAAAAAAUUACUGGAAAGGUUGACUGUGUCUUAUACUUCGUUGGUGCUCUUGGUUGAGUGUUGUUAUAGUUUAAUGUGACAUCCAUGCACAAAAUGUGUUAUUGUUUCAAUGGCUUUUGUUUUUAGUGUUAACCAACUUUAGGUGUCCAAAUUGUUGUGGUUAGAUAGAAGCCGAUAAAUAAAAGCCAAAAUAGCUCACACAAAAUGUACUGGAGUGGUGUUUCCCAUUGGUAUAUUAUUUUGUAUCAUUAAAGUGUAAAAUUAUUUUGUCAAUCGGGGUUUCUCUGUAAAUGUACCAUAUGCGUUUGUUUAAGAAAUGCAUUCAACAAUAAGUUGAAAUAUACUGUAUUAGUAUUAUGAUUAUUUCUUAAUUAAUUAUAAUGGUAGGUAUCUCAUUAAAUUUACUCAGUGAAAUGUAUUUGUAUACAGUAUGCAAAUUGUAAUGUAUAAUAAGUGUUAAUCACUUGCUAAACAAUGAAAAAAAUUUAAGGUUACCGUACAUCACAAAAUUACCUUAGUAAAAUCAUUCUUAUUCAUAAUUAAAAUCUAUUAUGGACUUAACUAAAUCCCAAUUAGGCUAUACAUAACUAAUACUGUACCGUUUACGUCGAGUUCCAAAUUUAACGCCUGAGUUCAAAUGUUAACGUGUAAUUUUAUCAAAAACUAAAGCCUCAGCAGUAUUUCAUCUGGUGAGAUGUAACGCAUUUUGUGCGAGCUUUCUAAACCGGCUUAAUUCAUAAAUGCUAAAAGUGCCUAGAAUUAAUAUUAUUAUCCGAGGUCUGUGUAUGUUUUAUUCUGCUUUUAGUAAUAGUUUCGGCCACACAUUUGUGAUAGACCAGCUUUGCUGGCCCUGCGAUGGGAAAGCGUUGUUCCGACAUUG